UAAAAUUAAAAAAUCACAAUCCUUUCUAUUGUAAUUAAUUUAGGAACAUUAUUAAUCUAUUGCAUAGGAGUUCAAUAAUUAAAGAAUAUGGAAGUAACCUCAUUCUUUCAUCAUUCAUGAUUCCCUAUUGCAAAGCCAGUUAUUCUAAGAAGUUUAUGUUGUGUCAGCUAUACACGGUUAUGGGCAGGAAAAAAGAUCUAUAUUGGAAACAUGUGGAAGAAUUGGAUGGCGACCGUUUUAAAUGCAUUUACUGUGGACGUGUUUUUUCAGGGGGCAUUCCAAGGAUUGUAGCUCAUUUGGCUGGAGCUACAAACCAUGGGAUUGACAUAUGCUUUGAAGUUCCUGCACAAAUACGAAAAGAAGCUUAUUCAAAACUUGACAAUCGUCGAAAAAAAGCUAAAAUUGCAAUCAGCUCGAGUGAUCUCCAAGAUAGUCAAGUAAUUUCAGCUUCUCCCCAGAAAUUGUCAGACGGUACGCACCAAAAUGUUGAGUUUUCAAAUGCAGAUGAGACGGAUAAGAAUGAAGUGGAUGAAAAGCUCAUCAAAUUCAUUAUUUCAAACAACAUUCCAUUUGAUGUUAUUGAAACACAAUCAUUUACUGACCUGAUGAGGAGCGCAUCUAAGUGUCCUGAUUAUAGGCCACCAGGUCCUCUGACUGUCUUCACAAAAAUCAUUGCUAACAUUGAGAUGGAAAGCAAGGUAUGCUCUGGAAUACAAACAAAUGAAGUCUUAACAUACAUAGAUAAUGUGAAGGGAUCAUGGGCUACAACAGGUUGCACAUUAAGGCUUGAAAAAUUGUGUAACUUCGUUUAUGUCACUGCAUAUUCUCCUGAAGGGUCUCUGUUUAUGAACUGCUGUGGAAAUUCUCUGCACACGGAGACAGAUUUUGAUAUUACAAGGAUUGUUUGUUCUAUAAUUGAAGAUAUUGGGGUUGAUCAGGUUGUGCAGUUAAUCACAAAUGAUGCUUCAAUUUCUCACUCUGCUGGGGAAAUGCUCACAAUUAAGUAUCCCAAAAUUUUCAGUACUCAGUGUGUUGCUCAAAGGAUUCAUGGUUUCCUCAAGGAUGUUUAUCAUAAAGUAGAAUGGGUGCAGCUAUUAAUCCAAAAAUCAGAAUUAAUUAUUGGACAUUUGAAUGAAGAUGCCACAAUUUUGCAGCUGAUGCCUAGAUUAAAAUUCAAACGUCCUUGUAAGUCUAAAUUUGCCUCCUAUUAUCAAAUGCUUCAAUCAAUUUUUGAUGAGCAGUUGUUGUUGCAACAACUCGUUUAUUUUCUGGACUCGUUCCACCUGAAUUAUAAAAAGGACGCAGUGACACAGAAAAUUUUCGACAUUAUUCAAAGUGCAGAAUUUUGGAGUGAAGGGCAAGAGCUACUGGAAACUAUGAAAUCGGUUAUUAGAGUCCUUUGUUUAGUGGAAUGCUAUGGAUCAACAUCAGGUUAUUUAUAUGAAGCAAUGGAAAUGGCAAAGGAAGCAAUUAAGGCGCAGUGUAUUAAGAAUCAAAAUAAGUAUGCUGAGAUAUUGGACUUGUUUACGAGUCUAAGCAACAAUAUCAUCCAUCCGAUGCAUCUUGCCGCAGCUUUUCUUAACCCUGUUUAUAUGAAUAGUAGAGAAUUUGAAGUUGAUCCUCAAAUGGAGAGAGGCAUAGUCUUUAUGCUGGAUACCUUAGUGGGCAAUGAAGAGAAGGAAAUUUUCAAAGGAGAAGUGAAGCUUUAUCUCAAGAAAGUACCAAAUUUAUUCACUGUUGCUGCAAAUCAAUUGUUGCAAACAUGUCAUCCUUGUAUAUGGUGGGAGUUACGGGGGAAAUGUCUUCCAGUUUUACGAAAGUGUGCAAUGAGAAUUUUGAGUCAACCUUGUAAAUGCAGUCUGCCUUACAAUGCAUAUAAUGUUGUUCAAGAAGAGAUGAAAAAGGGAGCAAAUUUUUCAAAACAUAUUCUAAUCCUGAGAAUGAAUAUGAUGCUCAUGGAAAAAUGGAGAACUUCAGAAACGGAACCCCUGGAGCCAAUUGAUCUUGAAAGGUGCAGUAAACUCCCUGAUUAUACUGAUCCUAUUAAAGGUUGCGAAGAUGAUCAUCAAAUGGGGAUGAGUUUGGACAGAAAAAAUUUUGAUGAUAAAAAUGCGGCAAAUGAGGGGCAGGGCCUCCAUUCAAACGCAAUGUCACCCUUCUCAUCCUAUGGAUUGUGCAGAUGGAAAGGAAACAUUGCUCGAAGAAGAUGGAGAAUUAUCUACUGCUUAUUGAAAUUUCUUUCUUUGUAUAAAAAUUUGGGCAAACAGCACAGAAGGGAAGGAUUCUUUUUCGCUCAGGGCCUCCAUUCAAAUGCUAUGUCACCCUUCUCAUCCUAUGGAUGGUGCAGAUGGAAUGGACACGUUGCUCGAAGAAGAUGGAGAACUAUCUACUGCUUGUUCAAAUUUCUUUCUUUGUAUAACAAUUUUGGCAAACAGCACAGAAAGGAAGGAUUCUUUUUUGCUCUGGACGUCCAUUCAAACGAUAUAUCACCCUUUGCAUCCUAUGGAUGGUGCAGAUGGAAUGAAAAUGUUGCUCGAAGAAGAUGGAGAAUUAUCUACUGCUUAUUCAAAUUUCUUUCUUUGUAUAACAAUUUGGGCAAACAGCAUAGAAGGAAACGAUCUCCAUGCUUACUUGCCCUGGACUUUCCAAUGCCAUUGAACAAAGAAAAUUUUGAUGAUGAAAAUUCAACAAAGAAGAAGAGAUCAGGAUCGACAUCACCUGUUACUGAAGAAGAGACCAGGGCUUUUUUGUUGCAAAAUGAGCGCGUGACUACAGUGGAUCUUGUUGCUAGGUUCAGAUCGCGACUGAAAGGAUCUGAACAUAAGAUGGCUUUUUUGGAAAUCCUGAGAAGAAUUUCUAGGAUUCGGAAGACUGGCGGCUCCAGCUACGUGGUAUUAAGAGAUGGAAGACCCUCUUUACUUCCAGCAGUUGCAGAUAACCUCAUGGAACUGCAAAUGCAACCAUCCAUGUGAACUCCACCCGGUCCCAAACCCAAAAACACAUUGAUCUGUGGGCUUCAUUGGCUUGAUGUUUGGAAUAUGCUUG